AUGGAGGAUCUUCUCGAUGCUACUAUUUCUGAUCUUAAAGCUGCUUUUUUUGGUCAGGAAAAUAGCAAAGAAUUGCUAUCUCGAGUUGAGGAUAUAAUCCCAAUCGAAAGUCAGAAGUAUAAUAUAGUAAGCGUUAAAGGAAAUGACGUUCGUUUCAAAGCAACCAUCAAAACAAAUUAUCUGAAAGACGAAGAUGAUAUCACAAAUUUUGUGAAAAAUUAUCGAGUUAAAAACGCCGAGACACUUCGGAUUUCAAAAACAAAGAAAUUUCAAAAUACAACGGGCGAAUAUAAUUUGGCCAAGUACUAUAGAUGUCAACACAAUACGAGGCAUGAGGGCACAAUGUGCCCUGAAGAUAUUUUGGCAACGAAACCAAACAAGCGAUUCAAGAACACGAACUGUCCAUUUUCUCUUGUUGUUAAGAUUGGAAAAAAUACACAUUCAGAAGAUUUUAAUUCUACAAUCGACAUUGAGUGGAAUCAUAAUCAUCCCAUUCAAUCAUUACAUUCGUUAAGUUUCAAAGACAUACCAACUGCUGUAACAAAUAACAUUUCGGAAAUGUUCAACAGUGGUCUAUUACCAGGGGCAGCAUAUCGAGAAUUUUUGCGCCAGUUAAAGAGUGAGUGCAAGGAUGACCUUGAGUUUCACAAACGAUUUUCAGAUCGGUCACAAGCUCCUCCAAGAAAGGAUUUUAAUGACAUUUACACCAAUUUUAAAAAAGAAAGAUUUGGAACUACUAGCUUGUCUGAUAUGUUAUGUGCCCUUGAACAGAGAAUAAAGUGUCUUCAAGAAAAAGAUGAGGAUUAUACCAUAGAAUUUCAAGAGUUUGAUGAAGAAACCAAUCAGCCAUUCAUUAUGGUGGUGAUAACACCACUAAUGAAGAGAGUUCACAAGCUGGUAUGUUCUCUUUUUUUCCAGUCAAUUCCAGCAGUACCCAUCAUGUGAUAAUAAUGCAUGAGUCAAUUCCAGGAGUAACCAUCCCCCACCCCCACCCCCACCCCACCCCACCCCCACCCCAGGGAACACUUGUGGGAUUUUGAUCUGAUUGGUUACGAUAGUGCAAAUGUACGGGUGCAGAGAAACAACUAGGAGACUAAUGUACAGCCCUUGGGCAAGCUGAGAGUGGAAAAUGCCCCACCCCGGGGACAAUUUUAAACUUUAAUUAAACUUUUAAUGGCAUGUAGGCAUAGUUGAUUUAAUAACAUUAUACUAUUAAACUGCUAUGGAAUAUUAUAGAACUUUAAUAUAAAUAUGUAUCUUACUGGUUAAAAGUAUUAUAACAAUACCCGGCCCCGGUUCACGUAUAUGACAGGCAAAUUCCUGAUUCCCGUUAACUGUCUAUCAGGCAAAUGCCCGGGGUGUUCCAGGGGGAGAGGGGUGGUUACUCCGGGAAUUGACUCAAGCAUAAUGUCAACCUUUUAAAAUAUUGUCUUUACAUAAGCCGGGUUUUGUAUGUCACUGAUGGUCUGUGAUGCACUCAUAGAUCAUUGUUUAUAGUGAUCAUUUUCCAUUGAAGGAAAGAAUUUCAUUUUACUCCUCAAUGGUCAAAGACAAUGACACUGAAAGACAUCCCAAAGAAACACCAUGUGGAAACACACGUAAAUUUAUUACUAUAAAAUGCAACCUCGUGCCCAGGGGUCUUCUUUGUUUGCCAUGAUGGAAAACGUUGAAGUCCCAAUCCCUGGACUAAAAUAGUUCGGCAAUAGCCCCACCCCUAGGAUAAGGAAAAGCUGCAAAGGCCCAGGGGUGGGGAUGGGCACUGCUACAAUUGACUGAUACAUUAUGAUUGAAAUUCAUGAGAAUCUCCAUCUAUUGGGUUGUUCCAGAAAAGAUCGAUACUCGGCCCAUGGUGGAAUACUCGGCCCAUCCUUGGCUUAACUCACUAAUUCAGUCGAUACUCGGCGCAUCCUUGGCUUAACUCACUAAUUCAGUAAAUAAUACGUCGAUACUCGGCCCAUCCUUGGCUUAACUCACUAAUUCAGUAAAUAAUAUGUUUUUAUGCAAGCUGGUAUUUACAUGAAAUUGUAUAAAUGUAGUGAUUAAUAAUAUUGUUUAUUUGGGGCAAUUAAUACAGCGUAUAUCGUGUUUUUAUGUGUUUAUUUAUGGUCGUUUACGUAAACUAUAACCUAUAUAUUUAAACCUAUAACUCAAAAAGUAGCUUCUGCCUUCUGCCUAUAAAGCAAAUAUAUUUUGCCAUAUUUUCGAGCAAACUACUGUCGGCAAAACGACUGAUUUUUCAGUUUCCCCUGCACUUUCAAGACAAAGUUUCAAAACGUUUUACUGUUAUAUUUUACAUUAAAUUUCAAGCCCAUAUUGAAAGCCACAUAACAUAAAACUAUCCAUACAUUCCAAAAUAUGAAAAUCAAUAAUUCUUUAGUUAAAAAUUAUCUCGUAUUUUCACGUUACCAUAGCGACUACUAUUAUUUUAAACAUGGAAUGGAAUACUUCAUGUGGACAUUCUAUAUUUCAUCUGUUAAAAAAAGGCGAGGGGUUGCUGCAUGCUUUUAUUUCUAGUACUACAAAUAUGAAAUAUUUGUAAGGCUGCAGCUGCUCAGACAAUGUUCUUAAAAUGCUCCAAACACUCAUAUCUUUACUAUUUAAUAAAAAAAUUAUAUACUUACAGCAACACUUCUAUAAAAAGCAUGAUAUCCAGUAAAUUUCGUGGACGUUUUGUCACUUUCGUUGUCAAAUAUUUGGUUAAUAGUUUCCACAACUGUUGAUUCCGCCAUUUUGACUUCAAAACACGUGUAAACAGAGUUAUAGGUACAAUCGGGGAAUUUUAGGAGUAAUGUGAAGCAAAGUGUUUUCAAAAGAGUUUCCGCUGCCUACCACUACUUGUGGGCGCAGAAAAUUGAGGUGUCCGACCAUCUCGGAGGUGCCCGACCGUCUACGGUUUCGAAAUUUGCAGCGACGAUACAUGAAUAAACUACAUAAAUAAUCAUUGAUCUGGUAUACUAGUGAUGCGUGCGUUUUGAUUGUAAUAAAUCGUCCUGCUUCUGAAUUAGUAUUCAUAACUUUCAUAAACGUCCCUCUAACAUGAUUCUCUGAUCUUUACUGCAAUUUACAAAUGUGCACAUGUGACCUAAAUACCGUGUCGUGAUUUGUUUGUAGCCUUAUUAAAUAUUCAUGAAUUUUACAAAUAUAAAUAAUCCAAUUAUAUUUUUUAGGGAUUUAUCGGGCAAUGCAAUUGACGAUUUUCCGGAAGAUUUAUUCGCUUCGCUAAGCUCAUUAAAAUCAUUGUAAGUUUAUAAAAUCAUGAAAAAUUUGGGGAAACCUAAACUAAGCAAAAUUUAUUUAUACUGGAUAGCUCUAUCAGUUCUAAAUUGUUCUUUCUUGAGGUCCAGUAAGAGGCUUCUCUUAUUGACCCAUUGCUACUAUAUAGGGAGAAACAUAACAUAAAGUAAACUUUAUUUAAAAUGGAUAGUUCUAAUAGUCCUUUUAUAUAAGUCAUAUUAUUUAUAAUGGAUAGUUCUAAUAGUCCUAUUGCAGAAGUCAUAUUAUACCGUCUUAAUAUAAGUUCAUGUUUUCUCUUCAGAAAAGUUGACCACUUUACACUGUGUUGUUACGCAGAGAAAGCGAUACCUAGUGUAUCAUGCACAUCUCUACAAGAUAACGGCAUUUCGAGUUGCGAUGAACUGCUAAAAAACACCGUUCUGAAAUAUAGUAUAUGGGUCCUUGGCAUUCUUGCAUUCGCUGGCAAUUUCGGCGUUAUAUUAUGGCGAGUCAUUGCAAAAGACAAGAACCAAGUCAACUCAUUUCUCCUGACACAUUUGGCCGUUGCAGAUUUUCUAAUGGGUGUUUACAUGUUGUUAAUCGCUUAUAAAGACAAACUUUGGGAUGGAGUUUACUUUAAACACGACAUGUCCUGGCGAGCCUCUGCUCUAUGUAUAUUUGCUGGAGUGAUAUCAACAAUUUCGAGCGAAGUGUCAGUAUUUACACUGACUCUUAUAACAGUCGAUCGAGUUGUAUGUAUUGUAUUCCCUUUCAAAUUUCGUAGAAUGUCCAUGAAACGUGCUCUGCAUCUUACAACUCUCAUAUGGAUUCUAGGAAUCGCAUUGGCUAUCAUCCCUAUAAUGAAUGACGCGUAUUUCUACGAUUAUCGGCAAAGGACUCAUUUCUACGGACGGUCACCAGUUUGUUUACCGUUCGAGCUAUCCAGUGAAAAAUCGCCGGGCUGGGAGUACUCUGCGUUUGUUUUUCUGGGUCUUAAUGGUACUUCGUUUAUAUUUAUCGUAGUAGCUUACCUGGCCAUGUACCGAACAAUUACCAAGGCUGGCAAUGCAGUCCGGUCCACCAGGGCUAACCAGAACUCCACCAUAGCCAAACGAAUGUUAUUCAUAAUCUUAACAGAUUUCUUUUGUUGGUUUCCAGUGAUAAUUAUAAGUAUACUAGCUUUGGCCAACAGUCUGCACGAUCCGCAAAAACAGGUCUAUGCUUGGAUUGCGGUGUUUGUAUUGCCAAUAAAUAGUAGUAUUAAUCCUUUGUUGUACACGUUUUCAACGCCCCUAGUACGAGGAUCAGCAGCUACGAAGAGAGCACCGAAGAAGAGUCAAAAGAAACUCAACGAAGGUAUGAGGGUUUGGAGUAGGGUGGGAAUCCUUUACCUAACCUUCUACGCUGGGAAACCAAUCCAGCAUUCAGCUAAUUGAUCCUUUGGAACAAAGCUACAAGUAGUGGAGUAGUCUAACUUAUGUAUCUUUAUCCUUAGUGAGGACGGCAAACGUAAAACCAAACACGGCUGUUAAAAUGUUAAACGACGCCUACGUCAAUGAUGACGCCAUUAUUACUUUGAGUCCCAUUCAAGAGAAACCGUCUGAUGCAGAGGCUAGGAGGGAAAACAACCAACACAGAGGUAUUAUUUAACUCACUAAACUUUCAACGUUUCGAGCCAAGGCCCUUCCUAGUGUAUUAUAAAAGCGUAUUCCAAACGAAAGGCCUUGUCUAGACAGCAGCUUAUUGAAGUCAAGUUACCUACAAUAGACACCACGCUUGACAUAUCUUUCUUUCAGAUAGUUCAGAUACAAACAAUGGUAGAACUAUACAACCGACACUGGUUUAAUAUUGCACUCCAGUGUAUUUUUUAAUUUAGGGUGAAUUAGUUAAUACAUUAUUUUGUGUUCAAUAUAUAGACUACAGUAAGACUUUUUUAUAAAUGCGUUUAUUACAUUAACAAACGACGUUUCAGAGAUUUACUCCAUCUUCAGGUAAUUAGGAUUACAAUUUGAAUUUAAACUAACAUUGGCAUGCAUAAACGUUAAAUUGCGACUGUUAUUCGCGCGUGAGAAAUUGCGUAAGCGUAUAAAUGACGUGUCCGAUUAAUUCUAAUAAAAAUUAGAAAUUGUUAAUUCUGGCUUUAAUGUUUAAACUACGAAAUCCAAGACAUUUAACUGUUCAUAUUUUCCAUUCAAGUCUGGAUCGAGCUUUUGGAUGAAUAAUGCUUCGGUAAUUUUCCGUUCUACAGAUUCUUUCGUUCUUUUUAAAAUCUUAACAGACAGGUUUAGGCUUUUGUCCGUAAUGUUGGCCGAGAUAGUGUUUCGAGAAAGCCAUGUUUUUAUAAGACUUUGCUUUCGGAUUUGCUGCGGAACGGAAAUGUUCUUGGUAUCGAACCACCAAUGGUCUGCCUGUCUCACCUACGUAUGUUGUUCCGCAAAGGUCACAAUUGAUUUGAUACACAACAUCUUUCUGCGUACACCGAAUGGGAACAUUUGCGUUGCUGCAGAUUGGGCAUUUAGAGGUGUCUGUGCAUACUUUAUUGUAAGGUCGCGAUUCUACGAGGAGGAGUUUAAGCGAGCUUUGUGGUCUUUCAAAGAAAUUUUUUUUUUCCCAUGUCUUAGUUUUCGUAGUUUAAACAUUAAAGACAGAAUUAACAAUUUCUAAUUUUUAUAGAAUUAAUCUGACACGUCAUUUAUACGCUUAAUACACAAUCUCAAAUAAAGAAAUACUGCCUUGUGGUUACAACAUAGUAAGAAGAGAUCGUAUGACUGAAAAACGCGGCGGUGGUGUUUUGAUGGCAUUACGCGAGGGUUUACAAUAUGACACAAUUACCCCGAAAGAUCAACCUAACCUCGAAAUCGUUGCUGUUGAACUCAAAACUAAGAACACAAAAUGCUUGUUAAGUGUUUGUUAUCGUCCACCAAACGUUAAUAUCAAAGAAUGGUUAAAAUCUUUUACCUCCUUUCUGACAUGUUGUGAACAAUAUGACAAAGUUCUUAUAACUGGUGACUUUAAUUUCCCUGACUUGACAUGGAACUCAGACGACAUUCAAGAUAUAACUCCUUCUCCUUUUGCGAUCGAAUUUCGUGAACUGAUCUACGAUUUCUUCCUUGAACAAGUUAACGUUUUCCAGAUGAUAUUGAACAAUAUCCUUGAUCUAAUUUUAACGAACAGCCCGGAAUAUGUUAUUGACUUGUCCUGCAUAUCACCAACAUCUGUCGAUAUGUUUAGUGACCAUAACUUGCUACUUCUAACUUUCAUGUUCAUCCCAAAUGAUCUCCUCGAACAUCUCGAUCAGUGCUUGAUUACCAUCAAGCAGACUGGGAGAACCUCCGCAAAGACCUUAACAUUGGUCUCUCGUCUAUGAAUAUUUCACCAGAGAAUGCCGACUGUGAUCCAAGUGCUGUUGUAGAUAUCAAUAUGGUCUGGCGACGCUGGAGAGACAAGCUGAUGGAUACAGCCGUGCAACAUAUUCCAACCAAAGUGGCGAAAAGACGUAACACUCCUCCUUGGCUCGACAGCGAAACCUGUCACCUUUUUAAAAAGAAAGAAACGGCGCAAAGAAAAGGAAAAAGAACAUCUAAGCCUAACCAUUUAGAACACUUCCGAAACCUUCGUCGCUCGUUUAAAACGCUCGUAGCACGGAAGCGAAAGAAGUUUUUCCAGUCAUUGCCAGAUCUGAUGAUCUCCAACACGAAAAAGUUUUGGUCGGUGCUUAAGUCCGUUUCACGCACUUCUAAUGUUCCAAGUAAAAUGGUGUGGUCUCAGGGAAAACACAGCGUCACAGCUGAAGAACCUGAUGAUAUUGCCAACCUCUUGAACGAAUAUUUCCACUCCACGUUCAAACCUUCAUUAUCCGAAGAAGAAUAUGAAGAUCAUCCAUCAACCACCACCAUACCUCUCAGUGAAACGUUGAGUGACAUACACAUCACCCCUGACGAAGUAAAGAAUAUCCUUCUUUCUCUGGACGACAAUACAGCAACUGGUCCAGACAACAUUCCCGCAAAACUGUUAAGAUGUUCUGCUCCCCAAAUAUGUUCAUCUCUUUGCGAUCUCUUCAAUCUUAGUCUGAAAUGUGGGAAAAUCCCUGCAGCGUGGAAAAUUUCUAACGUGGUACCAAUUCCAAAGAAAAGACUAUUAAAAGUAGUUUCUAAUUACCGUCCAAUUUCCCUACUGUCUCCAAAGUUUUCGAGCGUUGUGUGUACAAUAGACUGAUAGCUCACGUUUCCAUCAACCUUCAUCAUCUCCAAUUCGGCUUUCUCAGAAGCAAAUCAACAACGGCCCAACUUUUACAAGUACUACAAGAGAUCGGUGAAAAGCUUGACAAGAGAGUCCAAACCGACACCAUCUACCUUGACUUUGCGAAGGCUUUUGAUAGAGUUGAUCAUCUUCUACUUGUAAGAAAGUUAAAGAAAUUCGGGAUUGGUGGGACUUUGUUGAAAUGGUUUGAAGACUACUUAACCAAUCGUCACCAAAGAGUAACUGUUCUUGGCAAAACUUCACAUUCUCUCCCAGUACUUUCUGGUGUGCCGCAAGGUUCAAUACUUGGUCCUUUACUGUUUGUUAUUUACGUGAACGAUCUUCCGCAGGAAACAUCUACAUCGUCUAUUGCUUUGUAUGCUGAUGAUACUAAAUGCUAUGGUCCAGUUAGAUCACAUAAGGAUAAACAAUAUCUUCAAAAAGACCUUGAUGGUAUUAACAAUUGGUGUGAAUUGUGGCGGAUGGAUCUGAAUCAAUCGAAAUGUGAAGUUCUUUCAGUGACCAGAAAUCUGAAGCUAGUGCCGUCGAGCUACCACCUUAAGUUCGACACUCCCAUCAAGAGAACAAAUGCCCAGAAAGAUCUUGGAGUGAUCAUCACAUCCGAUUUGAAAUGGAACCAGCACGUGUCCAUGGUAUGUGCCAAAGCGAACAAAAUGCUCGGCUUCAUUAAAAGAUCAUCAAUGGACAUUCGCAACGAGAAAACCAGCCUUGCGCUUUACAAGACAAUGGUGCGAAGCCAGAUGGCAUAUUGCACACAAAUUUGGUCACCACAGUCGGUAUCACUUAUCCUUCAAGUAGAAAACGUCCAACGUCGCGCCACCAGAUACAUUUUAUCACUGCCAUUCUUGUCAAGAGUAUCAUACAAAAGAUAGACUUGUCAAAAGUGGUUUACUACCAUUAACAUGCAUACUGGCAUGAAUUCCUGGAUAUGGUCUACCUUUACAAAGCGUUAGUUCUACCUAAUGACCAUAAUAUCAUACUUACGGCAGUCAAAUCUCUCAAUCAGUCAAUAUAAAUGCGGCUUAUUUAAAUAUUACCAAAAGCUUGUUGAAGAGGUCUACGACAUUGAUGUUCCACAAACGUUUAAAACAGUGUGUGUAAAUUGUCAUUUGUGUCAUCCCUUGUCCAGUCUUUCUGUCAAACUGUGUUGUCAUUAGUUGCUGUUAACCCAGUGGAAAUAUCACUUUUUAGUGAAGCAUGUGAAAUUUAAAUUAAAUUCCUUUUUUCGAUCCACAUGAAUAGAAUUGCUCAGGACCACAUUAAAUCAAACGUCUCAGAGAUUAGCGAUUUUGAAGCGAUAUAUCCACUGUAAUAAAUUUUGCACGCGUGAAUAACGGUCUCAAUUUAACGUUUAUGCAUGCGCAUGUUAGUUUAAAUUCAAAUUGUAAUCCUAACUACCCCGAAACGUCGUUUGCUAAUGUAAUAAACACAUUUAUAAAAAAGUCUUAUUGUGGUCUAUAUAUUGAACACAAAAUAUACUAUUAACAUGAGGUUUAGGGAAAGUUCAUUCCUAAACAUUUUGAAGUUAAUUCAUUAUUAUUUUAUAAUAUAGACACGUUUGGAAACUUCCAAGAAACUGAUGGAAACA